AUUCUUGAAAAUAUGAAGGAGCAUGAGAAGAAGCCAAUUAUUAGUGAAGUUAUUCCAGAAUAUGAUAUUGCUAUUGUUGGAGGAGGCAUGGUUGGCAUGUCUUUAGCUUGUUUCUUAGCUAGCAUGCCAAUGACAAAGCAGUUGAGUGUGGCAAUUAUUGACAGCAAUCCAGCUCUGGCUAGUGGCUUAAUCAUCCAAAGAGAAGACCCUCCUGAUCCUAGAGUCAGUACAGUGACUCCUGCUUCUAUAUCAUUUCUCCAAGGUAUCCAGUUUUUAAGGUUUGUUUUUUUUACUAUCGUUGUGGGGUUAAUUUCAAAUUCUCUCUUCUUUUGCAAUUUUUCUAAAUGGUUAACCCAGUUCACACACAUGGUCAAUAAAUUGUUGGAUUUGGUUAAUAGCAUGUAUAUUAAGUGUUGCAACUCAUUGAUCAUCUACUGA